AUGUCGAUUACUAGUAUUGAAGAUGAUGCUCUAGCAUUACAGAGUUACAUCAAGUCAUAUCCAGACUUCCCUCUGCCUGGAAUAUUGUUUAGAGAUAUAUUCAAUGUCUUCCAAAGUACUGAUGGAUUACAAUUGUUGAAUAAUAUUUUGAAAAAAUAUGCGGUUGAAAUCGCUGGUAAAGUUGACUGUGUUGCAAUGUUGGAAGCUCGAGGAUUUUUGUUGGGCACUUUAAUGGCAUUGCACUUAAAUGUUCCCUGUGUUCCAGUUAGGAAGAAGGGAAAGUUACCUGGAAAAGUAGCUCAACUAGAGUAUAGUUUGGAAUAUGCUAAAGAUGUAUUGGAAGUUCAAUUAGAUGUCUUAAAAGAAGGAAAAAGAGUUCUGGUCAUUGAUGAUUUGUUAGCAACUGGAGGUACUCUUGAAGCUGCCGUUAAACUACUGAGGAAAACUGGGGCAGAAGUAGUUCAAGCAGUAGUUAUUAUGGAACUUUGUGAUUUACAAGCACGGAAAAAAAUUGACAUUCCAAUUAAAUCAUUUAUUCAAUACUAA